AUGGUGUGUAUAUCUAGUAACAGACUGUGUAAGAAUAAAAGCAAGAGAGAUAAUAAAUUGCGAAUUCCAGAUGAUCCAUCUCCUGUGCAUACAUCAGAGUGCAUGGAUUCCUGUUCUUUUAUUAAAAGUGAUAUUGAAAGUGCACCAAGUAUAUGCCAGGAGGUAAGUGAUUCCGUGCGGAGAGAACUGCCCAAUGAGAGUGCUAUACACGAAUACAGUAAUAUAACUAAAAAUUUAGAAAACACUGCAGAAUAUAACCAAACACGGAGUAACUCAGAAAAUAAUUAUAUGAAAGAGAAAUUAGUGCAUACAGAGUGUGAACAGAAUAAUUAUGCAGGGAUAAAUAGUACAGCGAAUACACAGGAAAACAUAAGUUAUACUAAAGACAUCUCUAGUAAUAUUAUAAUUAACAGUAUGUGCAGUGCAGGCAAUAGAGUGGAAUGCGGCAGUAGAGAGAAUAACACAUUAGAAAAUAAUGGCAAAGAUAAAAAUUUAAAAAUAGGUUCUAAAUUAGAGAUCACUGCACUGGAAGAGGAUAAUUCGCAUUCUAUACCAGAAAAAUUAAAUAUUUCAGAAAUUCUGGGCAUGUCUGGUCUAUUGGAUGUUCUUGGAAUGUCUUAUUAUUAUACUGCAUUGGAAGAUAAUAAGACUACAGAGAAUAAUAAUGAAAAUAUAAGGGAGUCACAGAUAAGAAAUACUAUUUGUCCAAUUGAUAUAUCUGUGCUGAAUACAUUAAAAGAGAACUAUAAUAUGUCUACACCAGAUGAUAAUAGAGUACAUAUAAACUAUAAUUCUAUAUACUACAAUAUACCAAAGACUGUAUAUAAUAUUAUAAGUGUCUGUGGAUAUUUCUGUAUUUAUUAUGGUGGGUACUUACUUUCACAUAUUUUAAGUAUUACUGGGAGAGUUAAUAACACUUUUAAUGGGAAUAAGGCGAUGAAAUAUAUUCUGUACAGCGCGAUUAUAUACUUGAUUUAUUCUGUUUUAUAUACAGUGAUCCGCUGUAUAUAUUAUAUAAUAUACACAGUGUAUUAUAUAUUUGAUAUAGUAGUUGUGUUUAUACUGCUGUUUAAUAUACUUCGUAGGAUAUUUACUGGUGACAAUUGAACAUGUAUACCACCCAUCAACUUACAUUAUAUAACUUAUAGUGUAUUUCUUACUCUCUGUGGCAUAUUUAUAUUAUUCCUGUAUUCUUUGAUUAUUCCUCGUUGUAUAAAAAUGAAAUAACCUAGAAUACCCAACAAAAU